AUGCGCAAAAUUGGUGGCGGGGCGCGGGAGGAAAUUGUGUUUUGCCGCGUUUCAACCUCUCACGAGGAGUUUGCAUCGAAGCGAAUGCGGCGUGAGACGGAGAAGUUGGCGCUGAGCGACGACCACCGCGCCGUGCGAUUCGUGUCGCUUCAGAACAACCACAUUAUUGAGUACUUUGCAAUGCGUCUGCUGCUGAACCGCACGACGAUAGAAAUUGUCAUUGUCAUUGUACGAGGGGGGGAUCUUGCGGGCUUCAUUCGGCGGCUCACCGGGGACCGCCUUGACAAGAGCCUCAUCUCGAAGAGCAGCAGGUUCGUACCCUUGGCGUCGCCGUGA